CGUGGAGCGAGCGGUUAUUUCAAGCGACGGCUCUUCUGGCACUUCGCCCCGAGCUUUCCUCCUCGUGCGCAUCCUCCUCUCGGAGUAGUCGUCGUCUGCCACGAGUAUUAGCGGCGCGUAUCGUCAGUGUCGCGACGUCGCGGCCUCCGAGGCGAGACUCCGAGAGCGAAAGAGACGGAGGAAAAGGAGAAACACCGUUAGAGCCGGAAAACUAGAGCACCGCGUGUUGAAAAGCCACCAACGACUUUAAUUUACAUUGACUAAUAAUCUCCGCGAAAUCACAGUGACACUUGCCAGUGAACAGAGAGACCAAAGUCUUCUGGGUGAUAGAUAAGCUACGGUGUCAGUGAAUGGAUAGACGUUUUGUGUUCUGUGACCAGGAUCAAAAGAGUAAUCGCAUAAGGUGAGAAAAUUACUCUGGUAAGAUGGAAUCGGCGUGGAAAAGAGAAGCACAGGAGAUUCUGUGAACGACGACGCGCUGCCGCCGCCGCCGUCGGACACGCGCGUCUGGCCUGAAAUAACAGCCGGGAAUGCGUACACAGUGAAUCAGCUCCCGUACGUCGUCUCGCAACGGACGCGAAUCUCCUCCACCAGCACACGCACAGCUUCUUCCCUCCUGCCUCGCCGUCUCUUUAUCGUCCUCGACAAACCCUUCCGAGACGCGGUGCAUUAUUGGCGCCGGUGCUCCCGACACAGGGUGAAAAAGAGAGAACAACCCGUGGAGUUCCCGAGAACGACGGAUUGAGAAAAGCCAGAAGCGCCAGAGGCAUUGCCGCCACGAAGGGGCCGAGGGAAGGGAGUUAUCGAAACGCCGUCGAAGGAGUUUUCUCGGAAAGGAGAUCGCAAUACGCACGGAGGUCACCCAUGCCACGAUUACAUUAACUGUAUAUGCCCGGUGCCGAGCGAGUCGAAAUGGCGGGGAGGAUCUGCGUAAUCUUUGGGAUUCUUGCUAUCCUGGAUGUCGGGCUUACGCUGAGACGUAAGGACGCAAGGAUGGUUCAACUGGAUACAAUUAAUCCUGACGUUGUGGUAUCCGUGGGCGAGAAACUCAAUCUACGUUGCCAACAAAACUUGAAUUUUGAGACGACGUGGUAUAAGGACGACGAGGCGUUACGCAAGCCGACCACCAGAAUACGCGUGAACAAGCAGUUUUUGAAGUUCAAAUACAUCGAGCCGGGGGAUAUCGGCGUCUACAGUUGUAGAUUGGAAUCGAACGAUACCGUCGAAUGGAAGAACGUGACUGUGCGCGUCGAGAACCUGCAGAACGACGGCUUCCAGAAUGAAAGCGAUGACAAGACCUCUGUGGUGAACAUGCUCAGACCUUACCACAGCGACCCUCUCGACCUCGCAAGAAGCUUGCCUGAGCCACGAUCGUUGCACCUGGACAGUGAGAAGUUGGACGCGGAUCUAGACGAGAAAAUCGACGUCGAUGUCGUGGAGGAUGAGCACAGCCACAAGGUGCUUCCGGAGAGUCCGCCCGCCUUCAACACUACCAACGACCUGAUCGACGUGGUGGUGAAGCCCGCGGGCAGCAUGGUGCGACUGAGGUGCCCGAGCGUGGGCAAUCCCAAGCCGAAUAUCACGUGGCUGAAGAACAACGAGGAGCCGAAGCGGGACCUCGGUGUCGCGGUCCAGACCAAGUGGUCUCUAAGACUGGAAGAUCUCAUUACCAAGGACAGCGGCAAUUACACGUGCAUCGUGUGCAAUUAUCUGGGAUGCAUCGAUCAUACCUUCAAAGUCCAGAUUAUCGAGACAUUACCGCAUCGACCGAUUCUAACAAGGGCGCCACGUAACACUACAGAGCUUAUUGGAAACAACGUUACUUUUAUCUGCCAGGUGUUAUCCGAUGCACAUCGUCAUCUCGAAUGGUACCACGGUCAACAUACUUCUUUCGACACCGUCAACAAGACCAAUGAUAGCUUACGGGUGGAGGCUGGAAUGGAUUCGGAAAAUCCGGAGGAAUUGACGCUGUAUAACGUUACUGAAAAGGACGAGGGAUGGUACACGUGCAUCGCUCAGAAUACUUUAGGGGAAACGUUUAGCAGCGCUUAUCUACGCGUUGUUGAAACGUUGGACGAACAAAAAGUACUGCUAACCGCAAAGCCACACAUCCUAGUGAACGUUCUCGCAGCCAUUCUCUGCCUGUUCUUCGCUGUGGGUGUCGUCGUGGUAAUAUACAUCUUUCAUCGAUUGAAACGCGAAAAGAUGAAAAAGCUACUCGCUAUAGAAACGGCGCGGGCAGCCUUCGUGACACAGUGGACGAAGAAGGUGAUUGUGGAGAAGCCGAACUCGCCUAACGAAGAGGAGCUACUGAUGCCUAUCGUAAAGAUCGAGAAACAGAAAUCUACCGUCGUCGCCAAAGACAAUAUCACUGACAACGUGACCGAGUAUGAGAUACCAUUGGAUAAUCGUUGGGAAAUUCCGAGGGAAUAUCUUACGCUCGGACAUACUUUAGGCGAAGGAGCCUUCGGCAAAGUCGUCAAAGCGGAGCUGAAAGUCAAUAAACCUGGAAUACCCAACGUCGUCGCGGUAAAGAUGUUGAAAGAGGGACACACAGAUCCCGAGAUGGUGGACUUGGUUCAAGAGAUGGAGGUGAUGAAGGGGAUCGGCAAGCACGUGAACAUUAUCAAUCUGUUAGGUGCCUGCACUCAAAACGGUCCUCUAUACGUCAUCGUAGAGUUUGCACCUCACGGGAAUUUACGUGACUUCCUCCGAGGUUACAAAGCGGAAUACGAACCGACUAUUAAAUUACAGCCGAAGAAGAAGAUCAUGCAAAAGGAUUUGGUCUCGUUCGCGUAUCAGGUGGCGCGUGGGAUGGAAUAUCUGUCUAGUAGAAAGUGUAUACACAGAGACCUGGCGGCCAGGAACGUCCUCGUCAGUGACGAAUACGUGGUGAAGAUCGCCGAUUUCGGUCUCGCCAGAGACAUUCAUUCUCAAGACUACUACAGGAAGAAAACGGAAGGACGGCUGCCGAUAAAAUGGAUGGCUCCGGAGGCCCUAUUUGACCGCAUAAACACCACUCAAUCCGACGUAUGGUCGUACGGGAUCCUGUUGUGGGAGAUCAUGUCGCUGGGUAGCUCGCCCUACCCGACCUUGCAGUCGAUCGAGAAGUUAUUCCGGCUACUUAAAGACGGCUAUCGAAUGGAGAAGCCACCUAACUGCUCGGUCGACAUAUAUAUGGUCAUGAGAGACUGUUGGAUCUAUCAGCCGGAGGAGAGGCCGACAUUCAGCGAGCUGGUCGAGGAGCUCGACAGAAUAUUGACGAGAACAGCGAACGAGGAAUAUUUGGAUCUCGGCUUGCCUCAACUGGACACCCCUCCGUCCAGCCAGGAGUCCAGCGAGACGGAAGAGGAAGACGAGGAGACAUUUCCAUAUCUACUGUGAGCCGCGCGGCGCUCGCGAGAAAUGUCACUUGAAUCUCGCAUACCUGGGAUAACUCUAGGUGACUCGUGAACCUGGUAGCCAUCGGCGAGAACGAGUGGAGUGGAGCGCAUAAUGGGAAAUAAGGAAACGAGGAAUCUGAGAGCGUGGGAUAACCGACUGACAAACAAGCAAACACGCCAAAUAAAAUAAAUAAAUAAAUAAAUCAGUAUUUACCUGUGUAACGCGUAGAAUUAAGGAAUCGUGAAGCGUGUGUCAGUAAAACGAUUUGCGUAUCGCAGUACAAACUGGGGCAUUCUGUGUUUUAUUGGCUUUUUUUGCGAAUUGAUGCACGCCGGAUUUCGGAUCGAAAAAGGGACUGACGAAGGGGAAACCGAAAGGACACUACCUUUUACUACGCCUUCAUACACAAAAAGCGAAUUUGUAUAUUUCUUAUAGAUAUUUGUAGAUGUAAAUGUAAAUGUGCCAUGACAGUGCCUUACCGAGGUGUCAGACAACAAGCGAAGUGACAAGUCUAUCGUGACAGGGAUAUAUUCGACCGUAUGCUAGAACACGAUGAAUCGUACGCACAGAUAUGUCAAACGAGAACAUAAUAUUGUGUUUUGUAACUAGUCAACUGUGAAAAAUUGUAUGUUUUCCUGUAUUAUAGUAGCUGAUAGAUUUUUAGCCGGUUUUUUUUUACGCGGUUAGCACUAACGGAUCGCGUAUUUUAUAUAUUAUAUAUCUCACGAAACGCGAGAAGAGAAAUCAGCGAGAAAAAAGUCCAUAGUACCAUUGUAAGCUUUGUAGUUGUAUCAGUCGCGAUCACGAUACAUGUAUAAAUGGAAGAAAGGCGCUUAGAAGUAGAUAAUUUAUUUCACUGUAUACUAGUAUCCCUCGAGUGUAUACCCAGCGAGCAAAUUUCUGUCCACAAUGCGGAUUACUAGCAAAUUGGAUUACUUGCGUCAAUGUUAAGCUCGUAUUUUUUGUUGACCAAGGCUGAUAUCUCAUGUGCCCUACAAAUUUUUGUAUCAACAAUCAAGCACCAGCUUGAAAUAUUAGCCUAAAUCUGUUGACAUAAUUUAUGUAAUUGGCAGCAGAUUGACAGCAGAAAGCAUAUGUCGAAUAUUCUACUCCAGUUUUGUUGGCAAUCUGCAUCUGUGCAGUAAAUAAUCUACUUGAUUUCAAUCGUCAAAUAUAUUUAUUGAAUGAAUAUUGCUAUAAUUCAGCCAGCAUUCUGCUAACAACAUUGUAUGUAUAUAUGUCAAACCGUAGCAAACUUUCCUUGUAGAAAUUUAAUUCAUUUUAAAGCAGUUCUAACAACGUCAAAGAUUUUAAAAUAAAUUCCAAUUUCUUAUAUAAUAUUGUCCGAAUUAAUAUUUAUUUUUUAAUUAAAAGUUGGCUGUUGACCAUUUUUGCAAAAAAAUUGAAUAGAUAUAGAUUGUUAAACAUUAACAUAAUUGCUUUUAAUAUUUGUUAAAUAAUUAAUUUCUGGCCAAUUUAAUAUUGUAAGUAAAUAAGUUAAAUUUCUCUAAGGGUUAUAUGACACCUUUUUAUUGACAAAAUUUGUUUGUAACGGUUUGUAGAAUUUGUUCUUGGCAGACCUAGCCGUCUGGGUAUACGCACGUCUUUAGGCUCUUUUUUUACGUAAUCUUAAGAUAUUGCUCUUUUAUAAGCAUCUCUCUUGUAAAAAGUAACAACAGAUUUACGAAUUAGAAGGUAGUUUUUUAAUUCAUAACUUGUACAUAUGGUCGUUUAUUUAAAGAGUAUUUGUUAUGAAAUAGAAUAAAAUAUCGAAUAAAUUAGCAUUUACCUGAGGUGCAUAGAUUUUAUGUAUAAACCGUAUAAAAGAAUCAUCAUUAAAUUCAAUACAAUGUGAAUUUCAUCACCUGAAUAAAUCGGUCAAUCUGUAUUAAAUAAAAAUA